CUAGGCCAGUGUGGAUCAGUGGUUCAGAGGUCAGGUUGUGGGUUGGGACUGGCUGGUGGGUCCUGGAAGGGAUUGAGGUGAGUCAUGAGAUGAUGUGCUAUAAAUAAAUAAAUAAAUAAGUAAAUACAUUGAAAAAAAAUGUCUUUGGACGUCAAUUUCCACAGAUACUCUCACACCAAUCAAAAUAAACACUGCGCCAGGUACAGUCUAUGUACAGGUGUUCUGAAAUACAUUAAAAACCUUUUAGUUGCCAAAUUGAACAUACUGUUUAAUUUGGGGUGGGCUGCAGGAACUGUAUUCGCUCAUGAAGUGGGUGCUGGACAAUGUGGAGUCAGUUUACACUGACAAGCGGAACCACAGGACAGACACAUGCUUGAUGAUGAUGAUGAUGAUGAUGGUUUGCUGGUGUAAGGUAUCAAUCUGGUGUUGACCGGUUUCCCCAUGUGACAGCCAAAGUUGUUCUCCAGUCAGAUGAAGGUAGAGGUUUAUGAGCUGCUGCAUCACUGUAUCAAUAAUGAGUGCUUAAAACUGAGACACCACAAACCAAGAUUACAUUACAUUACAUUUAUUUGACAGAUGCUUUUAUCCAAAGUGACAUACAAUAAGUGCAUACCAAAGGUCAUUGGAACAACUACAAAACACAGGUCCAAUAAGGUACAGUACUCAUUUUGUACAGUUAUUCAUUGCCAUGAACACAUUGAGUCUAGUUCUCAAGUAAACAUUACUCUGACCUAACCUAUGCUAACCUAACCUAUCCUAACCUAUGUCGAACUAGGAGGCAUUACAAGCUACAACAUCAAGACAAUGAUGGCACAGUAAGUUCUGGAUGGAGGUACAUGUAUGAAAGUGGCAGAGGGGGUACAAGUGUAGCAUAAAAUAAGGGAACUUAAGUGAUAGAAAUGAUCUGCAAAGUGGUAAUAGUUAGUCCAGGUAUAGUCUGAAGAGAUGAGUUUUCAGACCAUGGCGGAAGAUGAGGCAAUGAGGGAGAGGUGUGUAUUUCCAGAAUUAAGCUGUUAUGUGUGCCCCUACUUCUUGGUGCAUGUGGGGUGCGUGUCUUUCUCCCUCUCUCUCUCUCUGUCGCUCUCUCUGCUCUUAGAUUGCUUAAUUGGUGAUUGGCAGUGGGAUGAGCUACACCUGUUCCAAAUAGACUGCACCUGAUAGACUCUAGUAUAUAUACUACAGCCCUGUGAUCCUUCUGGAGUCCUGUACACAGACGGGCCUGGAGGAUCACCCCAUUUGAUUGCUACCUAGUCUAUAUUACCAUUGUACUAAUUCAUUCAUUGUUGUACUGCUACAUGGUGAUACGUGGAUACUUGUAUUUAUCUUCAAGUGCAUUGUGAAACAUGUCUAUUAAUUCUGGAUUAAAUCAUUAGUGUUGAAUCUCUUGUUCGACUCCAUUUUAUGUUGUGGUUUGCCUGUGGCGAUCUGCAAGCACUUUUCAGUUCUUCUUUCAGGUCAUCUGACUGCUAUUGAGAUGACAUGACAGAAAACCCAGUUGUGGUUUACAUAUAUAAAGAGGAAAUAAUCACAGUAUAUAAACUAAAGGCAGGCAUCUGUGAGAUAGACAGCAUUAAAAAGUCACAUUUAGCAGGUUAUUGUGGAAAGUGAAUGACAGCUGGAGAAAUGGAUAAAAUUCAGAUUUUAAUGUGCAGCGUGAAGCUCAUCAUUCUAAUGGUGAUGUUUUCUCACUCCACCAUGGAACAGUCACGGCACAAGGUUGUUUCCAGACCGCUUGUAAUGGGUCCUUACCAGCGUUGGACACUCCUGCCUUGUUACUUUUUUUUUGACCACAAGGUGGCACCAGAGAGCAUCUGUCUGACCUGGUGGAGAAACGAAAGUGGCCAUCGCAGGAUUAUUUACGCCUUUGAAAACGGCCAGAGACAGAAACAGAGAGAGGAUCCUGACUACAGCAACCGCACCGAAUUAUAUCGCAAUAUUUCAGAGGGCAGUGCUACUUUGAAGCUACAAAUUCUCAGGCUGCAAGAUGCAGGUCUGUACGUCUGUGAGGUGUGGAGUCAACGGCACAGCGAUGUGGAUCGUGCCUCAGUCAGCCUUACUGUGGCCGCAAGGCCCUCGAGGCAGGGCGUAAUCUCCAUGAACGCCACGUUUCUGUCCUUCGAAUCAUGCGGCUGGCUCCCCGAGCCGUCCCCGUUCUGGACCGACGAGCGGGAUCGGAAUGUGACAGAAGUCACAGAGACUAGCAUCACCCCGGGGGAGGACGGCCUCUACUGCGUUAAAAGUGUGCUGCACAGAAACACAAGCAAGAGGGCACACAAUCUCCACCUGUGCUACACCAACCCCGACACUGGGGAGAAACAAACUGACAUCUACCAGUACAUAGCAACAAAUUCAGAUGCAUAUCACAUAAAUUAUGGAAUUGUCCUUGGACUUUGUUGCGGGAUACUUGGGAUUCUUGUAGUUAUUGUGGUCAUAAUGAAGUUACCGCAUCAGAAACCCAAUGAAGAGUCACCAUAUGUGAAACCUCGAUCAGGAAGCUGCAGAUCAUAUAAUGGUAACUCCUGGAGAAACCUCUAACUCUGUUGGAGUUUAAUUGUAUCAUUUUUAUUCAUCAUUUAUUAUCAUCAUGUUAUUAACAUGUAUGCGUGCCUUUGUGUUUGUGUGUGCUUAUGCCUUCAUCCUAGGACCAAGGCUCUACAUGUAGCAGUGAGCAGGGCUGCCAAAAAUACUCCACUCUGACAGGGAUCUCUGAACCUAAAAUCCUGCAUGGGAUUCUUUUGGACACAUCUUUUAACUGCACUUUAAGGGCUGUGGCAACAUUAAAUGGCUGUUUUUGUCAUUAUUGACGUCUGCUUCAGAAUCAAAUGGAAGAUGUUAAUGAAGCUGUACACGUGAAAAAUUCACAGCGGAGUUGUUGCUGUCUUUCAGUUUUUUUUUUUUUUUUUUCUUUUUGCCUAUAUCAGUUCCAGCAUUUAUAGAGAAGGUCCUUGCUGCAGCCUGCAGGAUGGGCCGGUGGUCGGAUGUUGGGGGGGGGGGGGUCCUGCUUGGUGCAUAUUUGGCAGGUCCUGCUUGGUGCAUAUUUGGCAGGUCCUGCUUGGUGCAUAUUUGGCAGGUCCUGUUUGGUGCAUAUUUGAGGUAUUAUAGCACCGUGUGCUCCUGUUGCUAAUAAACAAUAGAUGGAAGCGAGCAUUUGCUUUUUGGUAGUAAUAGCAACUUGUUAAUUUUGCAAAGUUGGUGAAAAUUUAAUGUAUUAAAGCAUUGUAUGUUUCUACAGCAAAUUAACAUUGAUUGUGGCACAUGCAUUUAAUUAUGCAUGCAGCAGUGUGCAGAUAAAAUUUGGAGACAAUGGUCAAUUUAAUCCAGCAUAAAGUUAUGCAGUGUGAAUCUAGCGACAGUAGGACUUUCACAAGGAUCUGACAUUUUCAAAAUAGAAGUUCCAAGCAUCAAACCAGUAUUACGUUCCAUAUAAGGACAUUUACUAUCUAUAUUCUUUUAUUUCUUGGCAGAAGUUUAUUUGACUUUUACUACAUGUUUUAUGCAAAUUGAAUUGAUGUGAUGCACGUGUGCUACCGUAGCUAUAUGUAGCUGCAGUGUAGUGCAGUUGGCCAUGUAUCUAAUUCAAAUAACUGUUUUGACUCUGAAAGGCUGGAUGUGUGAGACUGACUGCAUGCUGCUGUUUCAGCUGCUUCAACUGCUUCAUCUGCCACCAAAGAAACAACACUGCUGUGCUUCAACCGCAACCACAAACUCUCCCUAUGCUCCUUUUCUUCCACCAAGACCCACACACAAAACAACACAACGCAGACUUUACUUUAUCAGGGUUUUUCACGGAAGGGACGAAAAGCACAAGGACACAGUAAUAUAGGGUUACAAUUACAUUCAUGAAUGCAAACUGAGAUACAUACCUUUGUUAACUUAAGAAAUAAAACUCUACAGUGGAAUUUACUUUGGAUUUCUCUCAUUGUUUAAGACAAACCAUGGAUUUAAAGAGGCAGCAGGCUUGGGGCAGCUAUUGCUUACUUUGUUAAA